CUCUCUCCCUCUCCUUUCCUCUCUGAAAUCAAAGAUUUUUUUUAAAAAAAUAAUAAUUUAAGAGAAUUCUGGGAUGACUGGUGGCUUCCUACAAGGUUGUGUCUUAUAACCAAGUAGGAACCCAUUUGGGCUGUUUACAGCUAACCAAGGGCCGGCUUAGGUUGUGCACUCUGGAUGAUGUUUAAUGUGACCAAUAAGAAGCCUUUUAUAAAGGUCACAGUAGGCUGAUUUAUGAAGCCAAGAAAAAAGGCACUCAGAGGUUAGCUGAUACAACCUUGAUCUAUCCCCCUUUCCAAGAUUGUUGUUUUAUACACCAACAGAUCUUCAUGUAAGAAGCCAAGACACCAGCCACUGAGAAAAGCUGUUUUAUGCAACCUGUACCUGAUCUUCCCCUGAGGCCGUCAUGAGGCCCAUAAAGGUGGCACUCUGGAAGGCUAGUUUAUAAAGCCGGGACACAAGACUACUGGGGCUCUUUCUAUACCUGAAGUCUUCACCCUCACCACCUUUUGAAAAAGCCUAUGACCAAUAAUGUCUUUUAGAGCCAGUACUGUCGAGCUCUAGGAAACUUUUUAAGUGAAAAGACAAAGCCACUUCUUCAUAUGGCCUAUAUUUAGGUUGACCAUAGGUCUCAAUUUGCCUUGAAUAACUCCAGUUUAUGACUUGUAAAUAUAUAUCAUUUUUUAUGACUUGUCAUUACAUAUAUAUCAUCAUAAUUUUGAGCAGAACCUAUUCACAUGUUAAUACUACCUAAGGACUGGCCUGCCAUCCAUGUGUAGUGCCCAGGGUCAUGUUACCAGAGGCACCAUCUGUGAUGUUUUUCCCUUCUGAAUAGGUUUAAUGUAUUUCUAGUUUCUUCUGAGAAGUUAAGAUCUUAUUUUUUCAAUAACCUUGAGUGUCUACUCUGAGCCAGAUUGCUUGUAGGCUCCAGGGAAGUGUAGAGAAAUGUUUUUGCCCUGGAAGAGCUCACAAGCUAGCAUUAGAGAGAGACAUGUAAGCAGGUGUUCGUGGUACAUGUGACAACUGCUAUGAAAGAAGCUCCAGGACCAUUGGAACACAAAACACUGUCAAAGAGUCUUGGCAGGCUUCACGUAGAAGAUCACUAAAGAUGGGCCUAAAGGUUGGAUAGGUUUGCCAGAGAGGAGGGAUGUUGGAAGUAUAUCAGGCAAGGACCAUACAUGUUCUCUGAACAAAUAUUUUUCCUAUGCCCACUACAUGCCUGGUGUUGCGCCAGGCCCUGAAGAUACAGUGAUGACCCCAGACAGAUGGGGGCCCUGCCCUCCCAGAGUUUAUGCCUAGCAGAGAAGACCACUAUUGAAGAAUCAUCACAGAUGAGAUGUGUGUUACAAAGGACAAGCGCAGGAACCUAUAGGGGACCAAGUCUGUACAUGGUCUCCCUCUCUAUAUGUUUUCUAAUUCUCGGUGGUUGACAUUUUGGCCACUGGAUGUCAUCACAGAUCUAGCUUUUUCACUCUAGUUUUAUUUACUAAAAAUAAAAUUGUAUGAAUUCAAGUGUCCACCAUGGUGUUUUGCUAUAACUUUUAUUUGUUCCUCCACCAGCACUCAGACUGAGCUGGCAGUGGGCCUGAUGGCAAAAGACAGCAACCAAGACACACUGGCGGGAACUGGGGCUCUCCAGGAGGCCCUCAGGGCACUCCUGCCCCGAACUAAAGAAGAACUGAAGUUGGACCUCAGUGAGAACAUGGAGAGGAGUGUGCUGCUGCUGCUGCAGCAGGCCACCGACCUCUUUUACCAGGGCAGAAGUGGCGAGUGUCUGCACACAAGCGAGGCAAUCCUUGACUACUCCUGGGAGAAACUCAAUACCGGGCUGUGGCAGGAUGUGGACAAAGACUGGCGUCGGGUUUAUGCCUUCGGCUGCCUUCUGAAAGCCAUGUGUCUGUGUGAAGCUCCUGGGAACCCUAGCUCCGGGGUGGCAGCCCUAAGAGUCUGUGACAUGGGCCUACUGAUGGGAGCAGCCAUCUUUGAGGAUAUUCUCAUUAAAGUAGUUGCCGUCCUCCAGACGCACCUCCUUCCUGGAAAAAGGCCUGCCCAAGGCCUGGCCCAGGAGCAGCCCCACAUAAAGAAAGCCAGGAGUGGUCAUGUUUCAAUUCCAGAUAUGAGUUCAGAAAAAGCAGUUCCCCGGCUUUCCUGUCCAUCCCUCCAGUACUUCAGGAAGCACUAUUUGAUUCCACAGAGGCCUGUGAUCUUGCAAGGCGUGGCCGACCAUUGGCCGUGCAUGAAGAAGUGGAGUUUGGAGUAUAUCCAAGAAAUUGCUGGCUGCCGAACUGUCCCAGUGGAAGUGGGCUCCAGGUACACAGAUGAGGAAUGGUCCCAGAGACUCAUGACGGUCAGUGAGUUCAUCAGCAAAUACAUCCUGAAUGAGCCAAGGAACGUCGGGUACCUGGCCCAGCACCAGCUCUUUGACCAGGUCCCGGAGCUGAAGCAGGACAUCAGCAUUCCUGACUACUGCUGCCUGGGCGAUGGGGAGGAGGAAGAGAUCACCGUCAAUGCCUGGUUUGGGCCCCCAGGAACCGUGUCCCCCCUUCAUCAGGAUCCCCAGCAGAACUUCCUGGCCCAGGUCCUCGGGAGGAAGUAUAUACGGCUGUAUUCCCCACAGGAGUCGGAAGCUUUGUAUCCUCACGACACGCACCUUCUUCAUAACACAAGCCAGGUUGACGUGGAGAAUCCUGACUUAGAGAAGUUCCCCAAGUUUGCUGAGGCCCCAUUCCUGUCCUGCAUCCUGUCCCCUGGAGAGCUCCUGUUCAUCCCGGUUAAAUACUGGCAUUAUGUGCGGGCCCUCGACCUGAGCUUCUCGGUCAGCUUCUGGUGGUCAUAGGUGUGCUCUGUGCCCAGCCUGGCACUGGAUCCUGGAACCUGGUGACAAGCUGACUAGCCUGGGCCCUGAAGAAGCCUUCCCUGGGGGCCAAGCUCCAGCGCUGGGCAGACACUGCGAGGAGUGCCGGGUCAGGUAUGUGCGGCAGAGGCAGGCAGGCGAGAGCCCAGAAGGACACUAGGUCACACUGCGAGUCAUAGGUGUCAUGAGGCCUGACGUGUUUGGGACACGAACAGGCAGGCAGCCUGUGCCCUGGCAGAGCCUGGGCUCUGAGGUUGGCUGCCUGGGUUUAAACCUGGCCCUGUUGCUUAACUGCCUUGUGAUCUGUGGCAAGUGUGUCUCCACCUGGAAAACUGGGAGCAUUGUCGUCACAGAGGGAGGGUCUGCGUGGUGGAGUGUGUGCAGAGCCCUGCUGCUCCACCAACAGUAGCUGUCACUGAUCUCAGUAAUCAUCACCAUUGUUACAUACUUGUUUGUUAUGACUGGGCCUCUCUAGACACCGUAACCUGCAGCUCUGGAGAGGUCGGCAUGGCCCUGGUCGAGGGGAAGGUCCCUAUCAGCUUGCUGGGGAGCCCAGACCUCUGCUGGUAAUGGGGAGUCUGGGGACGUUUCUUUUUUUACUUUUAUGUGUUCACUUUAGAGAGGAAGGGAGAGAGAGAAAGAGAGAGAUUUGUUGUUC